CAUUUUACGAUUUAUUAUCACGCAAUAAAAAUGGCAUCGUCGUCAGAGGCCGGCCCAGCGGCGUUGUUGAAGGCGGUGCUGGAGCGCGUCCAUCACUCCGCCGAUAGAUCGGGUCGGGAUGUUAACAAUAUCCGGGUGGUGGCGGCGAGUAAGACGAAGUCAGUUUCUUCUCUCCGACAGGUGUAUGAUGCCGGACAUCGAUGCUUCGGCGAGAAUUACGUUCAGGAAAUAAUCGAGAAAGCCCCUCAGCUUCCGGAAGAUAUUGAGUGGCAUUUCAUCGGCAAUUUGCAGAGCAAUAAAGUCAAACCUCUUCUUGCUGGUGUUCCCAACCUUGCUUAUGUAGAGACUGUAGAUGAUGAGAAGAUAGCAAACCUUCUUGAACGUGCCGUAGCCAAAAUUGGCAGGAAACCGUUGAAAGUUUUUGUUGAAGUGAAUACGAGUGGAGAAACAUCUAAAUUUGGUGUUGAACCAGCUGUGUGUGUAGACCUUGCAAAACAUAUUGUUACAAAUUGCCCAAACCUUGAAUUUUGUGGCUUAAUGACAAUUGGCAUGCCGGAUUAUUCAUCCACCCCAGAAAAUUUUAAGACGUUAUCAAAUUGUAGAAGUGAAGUUUGUGCGGCACUUGGAAUAUCAGAAGCGCAAUGUGAACUGUCAAUGGGCAUGACUGGAGACUUUGAGCGAGCUAUUGAGAUGGGAAGUACAACUGUUAGGAUUGGAACUGCCAUAUUUGGGCGCAGAGAGUAUCCACCAAAAGAAGACAAGUAACUGCCUUCAUUUCGCGGUCUGAUUUGUGUGAUAUGGUGGUGCUUAUAGAUUCACAUGUCAAAGUGGUAGAGUAGCAUGAACAAAUUAUUUUAGCUGGAAAUAAAUAUGCUCAUGAGCAUGAUGAUAGUUGUCAACAAGGGUGAGCGUUGUUUUCAGAAUAACCUUCGAGGCUGAACAUUGUAUGCACUGUUGCUUGUAAAAUGUAAAAUCCAACCUUUUUUAGAAGCAGAACUACGAUAAUCUUGAAAAUUACAACCUUGUAUAAUCAUUAUGGCAAAAUUUGUCAUAGUCUUUUGCAUGCUCGAUGGGGAAUGUUUGUGGUCUCA